AUGCUCACAAGAGUAUUAAUCGUUGCAUCGACGUUUGCUGUCUUGCUAUCGUUAAUCGUAGUUGAAGCACACAACCAUGAGGACAAAAAUCAUCUUCGACGCGAAGCCGAUGCAACUCAGUCUUUCGAAAAAAGAACACGUUCGUCUUCCUCGCCGCAAAGGCGAGCUGCGCAGUCUCAUUCCAGCAAUCGUCACUCGUUUUCUCCCGUCAAAAGAGACGUUUUCGGCAAUCUGCUACCGACAGGCUCUGGUAAUCAUGGUCAGGAAAGCUUUUUGCAUGGACUCCUGUUAGGUGUUCCCGAUUACAACGCCUGUGGUCGACCUGACGGCCCAAUUCCCCCUACACGUCCAGGCGAUGCACCUUUUACUCAAGGUCGUUUUGCUUACGAAAAAGCCAUCACGUGCCCGAACGGAAUCAGAAACAGCCCAAAUGGAAUUGUCUUACUUGUUCCUUGCACAAAUUUUCCAUAUCCAGGUUGUGCUGCUGCUGAAGCAUAUGCAAAGGGUCCAUUUGGUAUUGGUCUACCUCGUGCUGGGUUUGACGUCUGUUGGGUGGAUCUUCCAAGGCGCUCGCUUGAUGACAUUCAGCUCUCUGCCGAGUUUAUUGCCUAUGCCAUAAUGUUUCUCGCCCCUCGGUCGCCUGCAACCGGAGGGAGAAUUAGUAUGCUCGGCUAUAGUCAAGGUGGCCUUACUUCACAUUGGACUUUGAACUUUUGGCUUUCUGCUCGGCAGCUGGUCAUGAACUUUGUGUCGAUCGCCGGGUCUCUCAAAGGCACGACUCUCUCCCCGCUCGGAUGCGGUCCCUCAGCUGCCAUUGGUGGCUGUUCUGUGGCCAGUUUGCAGAUGUCUCAAAGAAGUAGAUUGCUUCGCGCACUCAACACUCAUAAUGUAGCCCAAGUGCAAACAACCUCCAUAUUCACCCUACAAGAUGAAAUAGUAUUCCCUCAGAGCGAUAGCAUGAGGGGAGUUUCUUUCCUUCCGGGCGCUUCGAAUAUACCCGUACAAAAAGCGUGCCCUGGAACAGUCGUUGACCAUUUUGGUAUAGGAGUGAACUUGGUAGCGUAUGGAUUAGCAUUGGAUGCGCUUACGAAUCGUAGGCCUGCCAGUCUCUACACGUUCAAUCGUGGUUAUUGUGGACAAUUAGCAGGUCAUGACCUUUUGGCUUUUGCUGAGAAUAUCCCAUUUUACGUGCAAACUGUUUUCCGAACAUUCAUUGGAAACGUCCCUGAUCGAGUUAAUAAGAUCUUAAAGACAGUGACCACUUUGAGUUCUCUCGCAGAACCAAAAUUGCAACAAUACGUCUGUAAUCGUGGUUUGGCACCUGCACAAGAAUGUACCGUUGGAUUCUGCGGUCCUGAAGAGCGACAAAAUGUUGUAAAGGGAAUCCUAGGAAAAGAAGGCCUAGGAGGCGCUCUUAACCCCAAUGGGAAUCCUUUAGGACAGAUUACUGAUUCUAUUGGUGGUCAAUUAGAGGGGAUUGCUAGUCUUCUCGGUUGA